GUAGGAAUCUGACCAACAUCACUUGUUGCCUAGACUAUGUAAGCAAUGAAUGUUUAAUCCAACAAGAAACAGGAUGAUCUAGUUUAAGUUACACUUGUUCUAAAUUAUAUACAAAUACAAGGAAAGAGGAGAUACAAAACGCCUAAAGUCGUCAAAUAAGGAAUCCAUCAACAUGCGUCCUAAAAUAUCCUUACUGGUCAGAGCAUUUCCAUGCAUUUAUCAGUAAUUGGAAGGUAUCUGCAAGCUGUAGUUUCUUCAUAAACUCAUGCAUCAAAGUCAAUCCAGCAAUAACUUGGGAAAUACACCAUGCAAAGUCAACUUGACCAGCUUAUUUCACUAUAAAUCAAGCAGAUAACUCAGCAUAGCUAAUUCAUAAAGAGGUUAGAGAGAGAGAGAGAGAGAGAUGGAUUGGAACUGGAGAAAGGAACAUCUGGAUUUGGUUCUAGUCCCAAGUGGGUUACUCAUAAUGUUUGGCUAUCAUUUAUUUCUUCUGUACAGAUACCAACGAAUCCCCCACAAGACAACAAUUGGAUACGAGAACCAUUUCAAUGUAGCUUGGAUUGAGAGGAUUAUGCAGGUGGAAGCCAAAGACAGAGGGCAAGCUUUAUCAGUGAUCAGUAGCAACAUCACAGCUGCAACUUCUCUGUCCUCCAUCUCCCUUGUUCUUAGCUCUUUAAUUGGGACCUGGAUUGGAAGCUCUACCGAAAACAUCUUCACAAGCAAUCUCGUAUAUGGUAACACAAGCCCAUCAGUUGUUUCCAUCAAAUACAUCACUUUGCUCUCCUGCUUCCUGGUGGCCUUUGCUUGUUUCGUACAAACUGCUAGGCUGUUUGUCCAUGCAAAUUUCCUCAUAAGCAUGCCAAACUGUAAGAUUCCUUUGAGCUACAUUGAGAAGCCAGUGACAACAGCGAGUGCUUUUUGGUCAAUUGGCAUACGUGCUCUCUACUUUGCCAUUAUUUUGUUACUGUGGAUUUUUGGUCCUAUCCCCAUGUUUGUUUCCUCUGUUAUAAUGGUGGUAACGUUGCAUAUUCUAGACUCCAAUUCAACUGAGUUGCAUGAGUUUCAGCCAACACCAAGUGAUAACUCCUUCGAUAAGAUUGGUAAGGAAAUGACAGCAGUGACUAGGGGCUAUUGGACACCAUAGGAGACCACAUGGGAGUUGAAGCCAUUACAAUCUCAGGUUGGCCAAAAGAGGACUACUCAAGUAUAACACAGAAGAUUUUCAAAAUACAAAUUAUAUCUAGUUUCAUAACCAUAAACUUGUUCAUGGCAAGGAAGAACUAAAUAAAGUUCAUCCUUUUCAAUUUUUUCCUUUCUAUUGAUGUAUGUAGCUCCUACAAAACUGCAAAAUGUCAAUGAAUUUCACAGCUUUGUUUAAAUAUAUUCAGAAAUGUGGUAUAAUUAGCAAUUCUUGUAUUUUUAAAAAGGGCGUCCCUAGUGCACGAGGCUUCAAAUAUAAAUAAAAAAAAAGGAGCAGGCCCCCAUGGCUAAAUAGGAUGCAAGUCCUCUUUCUGCAAGAGGUACUUCACUCACAGUUCCAUAGGGGCGUCC